GCCUGCCUUAGCCUUGCCUUGCGCUUUGGUCUGCUCUGCUCUGCCUGGCUCUUUCAGCGAUGCAGCUCGAGGCACAGAUCGGCCUGUCCCGGUCGUCUUGCUGUGCUCGUUUUGUUUCUUUUCCGUUCUGACUGUGGUUUUCUUUGCUUCGCUACACAAACCAUCGCCAUGUCUCGCAGGCUCGGCGGCGGCAGGAUCCUGGGCAGCGGGAAGGGCCUUGGCCCGACCCCUCCGGCUCGAUCAUCCAGUCCCUUUGCUCCAUCCGAGAGCACCGUCUCUAUGGCCUCAUCCUCUAUAUCGCCACCUGCGAGCGGGAGUCUAGCCGACCUAAGCCAGGAUAUCGGCUCCAGCAUCAGCGUAGGGGCACAGCCUAAGGGCAGCACGGCGGAUCCGUCGAGCCUUUCGUGCCCCAUCUGCAGCGAAGAGAUGCUCACUCUGCUCCAACUCAACCGCCACAUCGAUGAUACCCACCAAGAACUCCCCGCCGAAGAACAGAACGAGGUCAAGACAUGGUUCGACAAACAGGUCCUCAAAGCGAAGCGCUUCCAGCCGCUGUCCAUGAUCAACAUGAAGUUGCGCGGCCUCGAUGUUUUUGAAUCGAAUGAAACCAACUUUGUUACGCCGCCGCAAGCCGCAACAGCAUCCGCUAGCAAGCUCCCGAUUGAAGCUCCCAUCGACCCGGAGGAAUUCAUAACGAGACAUCAUUGGCAGCGCUCUACAGGAUAUGACAUGUGCACGGAUCCUACAUGUGGAAAGGGGCUCGGGCCUAUAAACGGAAGCGUUAAUUGCAGGAAAUGUGGACGCCUUUUCUGCGAGCAGCACACCAUGUACCAGAUGAAACUGAGCAGAAGUGCGAACCACGAGCCUGUCCGCGGUUACUGGGCUAGGGUAUGCGAGACGUGCUACAAGUCUAGAGAAGGAUACAACGACCACAACGGAACAUCAGUAGACCACACAGACAUGUUCAAGGCCAUCAGGAGAAAGAAGGUCGAAAGACAGACCCUGGAAAUCUCGCGCUUGGAGAAGAGGUUGACGAAACUUACAAGAUUGCUAGCGAGUUCCCCAGAAGCGCUUACGAACGCAUCAAACGGAUCUAUAUUAGCUCCUGUUCAGUCACUAACUGGCCAAAAGAAUCCUCGGAAGUUGAUUGAACAGUCAGUAGUGACAUGGGAGGAGGACGACAAGGUGCCCGAGUGCCCGUUUUGCCACCAAGAAUUCGGCUCCUGGACAUUUAGGCGGCAUCAUUGCCGAAUCUGCGGCCGCGUAGUGUGCGGAGACCCUCAAACUGGCUGCUCGUCUGAAGUUAGCUUAAGCAUUGCUAGUCCAACCGGUCCUGGCGCAGAGAAGCCUCCGUCGACAAAUACCGCCCAUAUGGCUGUGGAUAUUAGAAUGUGUAAAGAUUGCAACAGUACAAUCUUCUCUAGCCGUGACUUUGCAGCAUCCUUGGCGCAUAGACCUCCAGACCAGCGAGCCUAUGAAACCCUUCGGCAGUUUGAAAGAGGUAUACGACAGCUCUUACCAAGCUUCCAUCGAGCUCUUUUGGCCUUACAGCCAGAGAUGAAGGAAAACGGAGAAGUCGAUCUCAACAAACCUCCACCUACACAUGCACAAAUCCAAGAAGCGAGCAAGAUACGAAAACGCCUCAUAGACAGCUUUACCAAGUACGGAUCUGCCGCAAAGAGGCUGCGCGACUUGACUGCGGAUAAUCCAACUCAACAAAGACUCCAAAUCGCAGUAUAUGCUUCAGCGAGCACGUUUCUACACACCAACAUGCUGCCGCUUAAAAACCUGCCGCAGAUGCUUCGUCACCGAUCUACACCAUCCACCUCCUCAUCACAUUCACAUUUGCUCCCCUCAACAAAUCAUUCGGCGUCAAGCCUACGGCAUUCGGAGCUGGCCGAAUCAGAAAAUGCUUCCCAGGCGGCUAGUGAGACCAGCACGGUGGUCAGCCUGCUGGAGACGGAAGAAAAAGACCUAAGAGAACGCCUCGCUGUGCUCGAAGAACAAAAGUUUAUGGUCGAAGAAAUGGUCAAAUCGGCCACUGGAUCGAGGAGAUUCGAAGAAGUCAGUGCCUUGUCUAGGAACAUGGACGAGUUGAACGGCGAGAUACAGGGGCUGAAGAAGAAGAUUGGGGACGUGGAGAAGAAGUGGGAGGUGGCUUAUCGGAAUGGAUCAUGAGUGGAAAGAGAACCACGUCUUUCUGCCCUUUUUACAAAUCCUAAUACCUUGAUGCGAAAUUGUUCCUAUUCAUGCUGUUUGGACUGGGUUUUGGUUAUUAUCCGCAUUUGUAUGGCGUUUCUGGCGGUUCAGCAGAUGAUGAAUGAUUUCUUGUUUACAUGGGGAAACAUGGGAAGCGGUUCUCUUUGAAGGGUUUUGAUUAGAGGCUUUAUCUACGAUAUCGUUAGAGUACAUGUCGAAGUAAUAUAGGUGCUAGACAUUGAUCAAUCGCCUUGCCCACUUAUCUUCACACAUUGGUUGCGUCGGGCUGUACCAAAUUAAGAAGUCAUCUAAAUUUAAAUGUUGAAAUCAAG